AUGGCCACCGUUUCCAGAUGGGACAUCUCAGAUUGCCCUUUCCAACCGAUAAUAGCAGAAACCACGCGAUCCAAGCAAGUCGUUUCUCGAUCCUGGCCAUCAGGAUUCGGGACUGUUUGGGCCUGCGACUAUUCAAUCAUAAGUCCUGAUAAUACGAAGAAGAUUCUCAUCGAGUUUCAGGAAAUUCUGCUUAUUGGAAAACAAAAUCCAGAGGAGGGCGAGGGUGAUCCAGAGUGCACCUAUCAUCGUCUCAACAUCAUCGACGAAAAAACCAAGCGGGACACUGGUUACUACUGCGGAACAGAUACACCUCCAUCAUUUUUAUCCGACAGCAACAAGAUCAUCGUCCGUUUCAAUUCCACCGACACUCCAGUUGGCUUCUACUCGAAGGGUUAUGCUUUCACCUUCAAAGCAGUCGCAGACACGUACACUCUCAAGCCGAAAAUCGACCCAACUCAGCUUCAGCAGCAAAAUAUGGCAAUGCUCUAUCCUGAGAUAUUUGGAUACGGUUCUCAACAAAGAUUUCCGAUUCAAAACAUUCAGGCUCAACCAGCUCAAGUUAUCCCUCAAUACGGUCAAAUAGCUCAACCUGGUCUUAUUGCUCAACAACCUCAAUUUGGAAUGGGUAGAAAUCCUGACGUGGAGUACCUCGAUCCUCCACCCCAGUACGACAAUCCCUUCGCCAUCAAUGAUUAUGAAUACGACUAUGGCCAGCGAGAAUAUGGAGGAUAUGUUGUUUCUAGCCGUGGUGUUGUGCCUAAGCAGCAAGAAGUUCAACGAAAACGACGGCCAAAGAGAAUUCAAUCGAGACCUCUAGGAACACCCGAACCACCCGCAGGAAUGGGUUCCUUCCUUUUUGGCGGUUCCGAAAACGUUCUCGACGCCGAGCCAGAGCAAAAAGCCUGGCUGCCCUUUGGCGGUCGGGAGGAGCCUGAAUGGACCGGUGAUGAUGACAAAUCGACUGACUUGGGUUUCAAAGAGAUGUGGUCGGCGAAUGCGGUUAGGAGACCAAGUUUUAUGACUCUUGGCAUUUCCGAUGGAGAGCAGCCCUACGUUGACCCUAAAGUUGAGCAAAUCUUUCGAGCCGAGCUUGGCGAGGUCAACGAUGCCUCCAACACUGUAGCGGUCAAAAAAUUCCUUGGCGAAGAUCUCUUUGAUGCAUAUUCCGGCCUUGUCGAUCUCCUCGGCGUUGCUGCUGCAGAUCCGAUGAAGAUUGUCCUCAUUAUUGGCCUGAUCGCUGGAGUUAUUAUUCUUAUCUGCUGCGGCUGCACCGUCCAUUGUUGUCUUCGAUGCCGCUCAAGAAAGAUCGACAACGAAGCAGCCUUAGCACUGGAGAAUCUCAAACGAUCGAAACAACAGGCAGCGCAGCUCAGAGCUCAAAAGUCUCAAAACUUCGAAACGCUAACUCACAUCUCUUGCCAAAGCCGCUGUAACUCGAUGAAAACCUACGAGUUGCCUGACUACGAUGAUGAUCCACCAUCAUACUGUCCCGAUCCAAAUCAACGAACUGUCCCGAUCCGAGCUUCUGGAGAAGCCCGUGAAAUUUUAGCGAAGACUAUUUCUUCGGAAUCAAGGAAGAGUCACUUACCUGUUUUCAAAAAUGAAGCUUCGCCAGUUUUGACAAAGACGAAAUUUAUUUCGACCGAGUCAAACAAACGUCCUGCUCCACCAGUGCCACUAGAACCAGCACAGGUGGAUACGUCAGUCAAGCCCGAGGACACGACCACGAUCGGUGCAGACCACACAAUCUCCGUCGUCACUCUGUCCGAAAUCAACUCCGAAAGUUUGAAAAGCUCGAGUCCAGAAAACUCGGAAGCGGAUGACACGGUGAAAUCCAUGAGUGAAGCAACAAUAACCAACGUUUCAAAAUUGCGAGAAAAGAUCGUCUCGGCCGGCGCGAGCAUGUCGACCAUUGUCACGCAGAAGUCGCUGAAGAUUGUGGACGAAAUUGAAAAAUUAGAAAAGCAACGAAAAGUGGACAAGAAAGAUCAGUCCGUCGUCAACAGAAUAGAUCAGCUUCAGAAAGAGCUGUUGACAUUCAUGGAGUAA